AUGAAUACACAUUCAAAUGAAGAAGGUCCAGCAGUUGGUCGACAGACAUCCGCUACUAGUGAUGAAUGGAAUCAACAAACUAUUUAUGAUGCACGAAAUGUUCUUCAAACUCAAUAUUCUAAUGAAACAUCACAACAAACAAAUGAACAACUAUCAGGAAAAAUUGCUAAGCCACCUAUUUAUCCAAAUCAUAUUCUUCAUCCCGAAAUAAUUCCAUCACUUAAUGAAGUACCUGCUGAACUUAUUAAACGUCGUAAUACUCGUUUUAAUGAUCCAUCAGUAAUCGAUUCGUUUGAAACAGAAAUGCCCCUAGAAAUAGCUAGUUCAUUACAAGAUGAACUUGAACGUGCCGUGCAACAUCGAGUUGCACACGAUCGAAAUCACGAUAUACAGGCUAGUGCAGCACCAAUAAGUUCUGAAAACACUGCAUUUCAAACUCUUUAUACUAAAGAAUCUUAUCCAACAACUGCAACAAGUGAAGCAUUUGAAUAUAGUCAGCAAAAAUCUAUACCAAGAGCAACUGUAUAUGAUAAAUCAAGUAUACGUGAAGCAUUUCAACGAAUAAAAAUUGCUGGUGAUUUUGAUGAUAUGUCACAUAUUGAAGAUUUAGAAGAUGCUGUUGGACCAUUACUCCGUGCUCUGGUUAUACGUGAAAAAUAUAUGAUAUUCAGUCUUCAAUCAUUUCCAAUAACAGUUGCAAAAUUUUUAACAAAAACUUUAGAACAAGAAGAUCAAUCACGUCGUGUAUCAUCAACAAUACGUGCAAAUACCGAAUCUAAAUUAAAAACCAAUUCUGGUGGUGCUAGUGGACAUACAUUACUCAAUCAGACUGCUAUAUCCUUAAAUUCACGCACGAUACCACAACAGCUAGUAUUAAAUACUAUAUUUCCAAAAGUACAUAGUAAUCUACAAAUAAAAACAAAUACAAUAUAUCCUGAUGAUCCCCAUCCGUUUCAUCCACCAGUUAUUAAACGUGAAGAAGCAUUUAAUAUACCAUUACUUGAAUCUGUUAAUGUUUGUCUUAAAGCUGAAAAAGGUAUUUAUCGUCUUUAUAUACCUGAUGAUACCAAAGGAUGGAUACCAGUGGAUUAUACAGUUAUUGAUCGAAAUCAAUUUAUUGAUGAUUAUACACUUUUAUCAGCUAUGAUAACAGAUGGACCAUUAAAAUCAUUUUGUUAUCGUCGUUUACAAUAUCUUAAAGCUAAAUAUGAAUUACAUUGUUUACUUAAUGAAGUUAAAGAAUGGGCAGCUAUAAAAGCAACACCACAUAGAGAUUUUUAUAAUGUACGAAAAGUUGAUACACAUAUACAUGCAGCAUCGUCAAUGAAUCAAAAACAUUUAUUACGUUUUAUGAAAAAGAAAAUGAAAACAUCCGGUGAUAUGCAUGUUUAUAAAACUAAAGAUGGACAACUAAUGACAUUAAAAGAAGUAUUUGAUGAAUUAAAAAUUACAGCUUAUGAUUUAAGUGUUGAUAUGCUUGGUGUCCAUGCUGAUCGAAAUACUUUUCAACGUUUUGAUCGUUUCAAUGCUAAAUAUAAUCCGCUUGGUCAAAGUGCUUUAAGAGAAAUUUUCAUUAAAACUGACAACUAUAUUGAAGGUGUAUUCUUUGCUGAUUUAUUAAAAGAAGUUAUGUCUGAUUUAGAAGACAGUAAAUAUCAACAUGCUGAACUUCGUUUAUCAAUAUAUGGUAAAAGUAUUGAUGAAUGGGAUAGAUUAGCUAAGUGGUGUGUUAGCAAUACAAUGUAUUCAGCAAAUGUUGGUUGGAUGGUACAAAUACCUCGUCUUUAUGAUGUUUAUCGUGCAAAUGGUAUAACAAAAAAUUUUCAAGAAUUUUUAACAAAUUUAUUUCAACCAUUAUUUGAUGCAACAAUUAAUCCAUCAUCACAUCCAGAUUUAUUUCGUUUUAUGCAUCAUUUAUCAGGUUUUGAUUCUGUUGAUGAUGAAACAAAACCUGAAAGACCAAUUCUUACGGCUGAUAUGCCAUAUCCAGAAGAAUGGAAUAUGAAAGACAAUCCACCAUAUGUUUAUUAUUUGGUAUAA